GGCAUGCAUGAACAAUUGAGAACCAAACCUGCACAAUGACUUUGACCGUCGUGGGAAAUCGAGACUGCUCAAGGCAACACCGUCCGACCAACACUUAGCCAUGCGACAACAAUGGCAUCCAACCAAUCACUAUCCCUCCUUGCGCGCGCAAGGUCAGCCAGACUUGCACCCAACACCAACAACAACAAACACCCACCAGUGAACCCGUCCACAGGCGGAAGUGCACCUAUCACCGGCUCCAGCAGCACUUCAACCACGGUGUCCAAUGUUUCGCUCUUUUUGACGAACCUGCGCCUGCUCGACCUUGAUUCGCUGCCCGAUUGGCCAGACAUCAACCCAUUGACCUUUACCAACAAGGAUCUCGCCCAGGGACAAAAGAAGCGCAUUCAGUCUGUGGAAUGGGCGCUGUACCAACUAUUUGAUCUCUGGGACCCAGAGGAGACGCGGAAUAAACUCAAACCAUUCUUUCCCCCGCUCGACCAACUCCAAUCGACAAACCUUCGCGCCGCUCUUCUACGAUGCCUCGAACAGGCCAAGAAGAAUGGCGUCCUUGGCCGCGAUGCCGUGGUGCGGAGGACCAUGUUGGAUGAAUGCAAGGGCGAACGACUCGAAGAGGUCCUGGCCACCUUCUCAUCCGCCGUACUGAAGAAGAUGGUAGCGGAGGCGAGCCUCAAUGGCAAAGAGCACCUGACGAUUGCUGAGAGCCUCGCCCUGGAGAAUCGUGGCUACUCUGGCGACACGGCACAGAUCACAGCUCUGUUGCUGGCGCACCGCGCGUCACUAAGCAGAACGCUGCGAGAGAGGCGGGAGGCCCGGGCCCGCUACAAUGACUUGGCGCAGCUGCUGGAUCUGAAAGAGCGCGGGAUCGCAAGGCGGAAGCUGCAGCUGGGGGAGGCCAAGGUCCCCGCAGCGGACGGCAUGUCGGAGGAUGAAAAGCUGGCGCUGUGGCGGGCGGUGCGGAACAACUGGGCCGGCAACGAGCGCUGGAUGGAGGCGCUGCUCUACGGAGACGCCCCGCAGGACGGCCUACUCACCGCACCUUUUGACCGCGUCUGGAGGCGGGUGCAGUCCGGGCGCUUAGCUGAGCUGGAGGAGCAUUGCGAGCCUGGUUUGAUCCAACAGCUGGACGGGCGAGUCAAGAUGCAGAAGGAGAGGCUGCAGAAGUGGCAGACCUUCCGGCGGGACAUGUUUGGUACGGAUUCGAUCAAGGACGACAGGGCGCAGAAGAGAAAGUCUCUUACGCUUGAUCAAGUUGCCAAGCCUAGGGGUAUUGAUCUUGGUUUUGGGGCUCAUGAAAACAUUCGAUAUGGCACCGCGAGUCCCAUGAAGCUGGCGGCGAAACCACAAUCCCUCAAACCGGAGUAUGAAGUCUUGGUUAAUAAGUUGCAAGAGGAAUUGGAUGCUAUUAACAAAGGGCAGCCAAACCCGUUCGCUGGAGGGCUACAAUUUGUGCAGCGCAGUGAUAUGCGCGAGGCUGUAGCUCAACAUACGAAAUAUCUGCCGGAAGAGUCAACAUUGGGAAAUUUUGACCAUGAGGAAGAUUCCACCGAAGCAGUAUUAGCAUCCAACUUGGCUAGGCGUUCUGAAACAUAUACGGAUCUUCCUCAAAAACCAUCGAUUAUGAAUUUACCAGAAAAGAAACACCACACGAGAGCGAUAUCGUAUAGCCAACCUCCCGAGCGCAAAAGCAGCGUUCCCAGGCCCGAAGCCGAACGUACGGCUAGUGGACGACCAAAAUCACUUGUUCUCGACAAUAACACACGGCUGCCAUCAACUGCAGGGACUAGAAUGAACAAACUACUCCUGAGUGCGCGCACCGCCUACUCCUCCGGCCCUGCAGACGCCCCAGCAAAUUCGUCCUCAAAUCGCCCAGCAGCUCGACCUCGCACGCCUUCCCCACCUCCGGCUCCGAGAUAUAUCCCCGAGGAGCUGCUAGUCGAACCCUCACAGCCAGUCGUUUCCCAAACGCAGCGAGAAGCAGAUGCCAUACUUGCCUCCAUAUCAGCCGCCUCCCCCUCGCCCGAGAAGAAGCCGCGGCACACCCUAUCGCUGGCCGAACGCACACGUCUAUCCAUGGUACGCGACCUCAACGACGGCGAGGACGAGGAGCUAGAUCGCCUGUCGCUGAUGCGGCGUGGUUCCACGACUGGCAAGAAUAAAAGACCCGCAACCGAGGGGCACAUGGACGGCAACGGCGCGAUCCCUGAGGAGGAAGAGGCCGAAGAUGACCUCGUCGCGCGCACAAGACGCAGCAUGGCCAACUUUGAAGCCACUCGCCAAAAGGUACAGCUGGAGCGGCGGCGGUCCCAGCGCAAGGCAGCGAGGGAAUCCAACGUCCACCAGCAGCACAGGAGGAACGGUGGCGGUAGCAUUUCUACAAUGCCCUCGACGUUGGAGGAGGGGGCGGCUGAAGGGGAGAGCGUGCUGGUUGAUCAGAUGCUAGAGCAGGGUGUUGACGAUUAUGAGGCCGUGUUUAAGAGUCGACCUAGGAUUCAGACGAGUCCACGGUUAACAGCACAGAUAUAGACGUAGAAUUCCUUGAUGAUUACGAUA